CACUCAAAAACCACGUGGUGCAUUGAUAUUUUCCUAGCGUUGAGUGUUUUGGUCGGGCCGCGCCAUCUUCCUUGAAUGUGCGUUGUUUUACGUUUCCUUGGACGAAAAUUGCAGUCCGACACGUUUUACAUUCAGCAAAGGAUAUACUUAUUUCCUCUGCUUCUUAAAACUUCAAAUCGAGAAGUGAAAUGAGUCUGGAUACUUUGCUAGAAGCUGCUGAAUUUCUGGAAUGGCGUAACCAGUCCAAAACACGUGUUGAUGAAUCUGCAUGUCGAGUAUCCUCAGCAAACGGAUCCGACACAUCACAAGAUUCAUACAGUUCUGCAAAAAUCAUCUACAUGGAUCCAGACGACGCAACGUUACGGCGGCGUGCUGGAGGAGCUGGGACCAGAGAGGUACACAAUAAAUUAGAAAAAAACAGGAGGGCACACCUGAAAGAAUGCUUCGAUAUUUUAAAGAAACAAAUUCCAAUCUUAGAGGAUAAAAGAACAUCAAAUCUUUGCAUUCUGCGUGGCUCUAUACGAUAUAUUCAGGCAGUAAAAAGGAAGGAAAAAGAAUAUGAACUAGAAAUGCAAAGAUUAGCUAGGGAAAAGAUUACGCUUCAAGAGAGAAUACAACGUUUAAAGUUAGAACUAGCUAGGAUGAAUAUUGAGGUGGAUCUGAACCAGUGGGUUACACUUCCGGAUGAGCAAGACACCAAUUCCACGUCGACAGCUACAGAGCAAGGAAGUCCAAUUUGUAGUGACGAUGAUGAUGAUGUUGAUGAAGUCACAAGUCCACAUAAGUCAUACUUGGGUGAGAGAGACAUUGUCAAAAAGUUCUUCCCAGGCAGCAUUCAGAACCCAGUCAGCCACCAGCGAGAAAUGACAGUAUUAAAGGUAACCAAACCUGACCAGGUCAAUGUACCAGCAGCCACCAUUCUGAAAGUUCCAACAUCCAAAUCUCCUCUUCAACAGCACUUGAUGUCCCCCCUGCAAGGGAAUUCACUAUUAACAAAGGCCCCUCUUCCAAUACGAUCAGAGUCAACCUUAUCCAGCCAGGUCGUCGUGACUACCUCCAAUGCUUUGGAUACACGCACACCUGUAACACAGUUACUGGCAAGGACAUUAGAGAAGAGGCAGAAACAGCAACAGAGUGCCAUUGUUACAGUGACAAGUGUUAGUCCCAGUGUUAAACCACCAACUAUGCCAUUAAAGACCAUUCCUCUGAGACAUUCUUUGGGCAUUCCAAUAGCAACACAGUUUGUUGCUGCCCCAGGAGCGGCUCAGUUAGCAGCCAUCAAUAAACUGGUAUCCCAGGGCACUCUAACCAUGCCAGUUACCAUGGCAAAAGGAUUCGCACAGCCCAUUCUGGUAUCAACCAACCUGAUGACUGGGUUGACAUCUAGUCAGCAACAGCAGAUACUAAACAGUGCUGCAACGCAAAGCUUGACAAAGCAAACAGUGGUCACGUCUACCAUUCCUACAGCAGCUGCCACGGUCAAGGUCACAGCACUAUCCGCUACACCGCUGUCAGUUACCCCAUCUAUGGGUACCAUAGCAACUGUUCCCAGUAUCAGACCUCUUGCUAAUACAGGAGCAACUCACAUGUUGGGACAAAUCCCUUUCAAUAUUCUAACUCAAGCACUGCCCAGGACAUCGUUAGGACAAAUUGUCACACCAACCACGACUACUGUGCCUGCCUCUGCUCCAUCUAGUCUGCCACAAAGUGUAAACAUGCAGCAGUUAAUGUCGCUUGCUCAAAUUACCCAAGGGACACAACUGGUAUCCCCCAUGACAGUUAUGUCUCCAAAUGUGCAGUUUGCACAGGGACUCACUCAGACACAAUUAAAUUCUAUGCUUUCUAACCCUCUUCUAAAACAGAUUCCUUUGAUCCCUCAUGGGUUUCUGCAGGGAGCCCAGGUGGGUGGUGUUUUGGGCCAGCCAGUUGUCAAACCUGUGGUGGUGGUUAGUCUGCCGAGUAUAGUGACCACCACUGCCCCUACAUCCACCAUUGCUGUUAGCUCAGCAACCACGACUUCAUAGAUAGAGAAAUUCAAUGCAUCCUGUUUUGUCAUUUGAAAUAUUUCCUUUUUGUCACGUGUGAAAUAUUUCCUUUUUGUCACGUGUGAAAUACAUGUAUUUCCUUUUUGUCACGUGUGAAAUAGUAAAACAGGUACAGCGAACACGCUUACAGUGAAUUCAUGCUUACAGAAAAGUGAUUUUUUUGAGUUUUGAAACAUAUUAUGAACUUACUGGAUAUAAUGAAUUAUGUUUAUAAUGAAUCACAUCCCCAGCAUUUCGUUGUAAGUGUGUUUUACUGUACUUUGCCACUUUUGAAAUCCAGGGGUUUAUAGGCCGACUUUAAGGAUGGAAUCUUCUCAUUUUCAUUUGUUUUAUGAGAUGUGAAAUUUUGUAUGCAAUGACUACAGAACGUUUGCAUUCUCUUGACACACAGAAAAAUGGGUGUCUUUGUUCUUGUUUUAGUUCAAGGUUAAUUCAUUGUCACACUCUUUUUCAUAUCAAGACCCUUGAAAUUCCGCGAGAGCAGACAUAAAUUGUACAGUUUAUAUACUAGUGAUUUUUUACAAAUUUUUUCCUAAUUUGCAGCAUAAACACUAUGAAAAUAUUUAUGUCUUUUUGCCGAACUAAUACACACUGGUAAUUUCUACAAGAUAUAAGGAAGAUUGAAUUUCCUUUUAGAUUUUUGCACAUUUAAUCGAUAUUUCUGCAAGAUAUAAGGAAGAUUGAAUUUUCUUUUAGAUUUUUGGACAUUUAAUCGAUAUUUCUGUCAUACUUGUACUGCGUAGAUAUUUUGGACUUUUUCAUGUAAUAGCAUAAGGUGCACGAUGACAUGAAAUGUAAUAGGGAUAUUGGAUCAGACAGGAGAGAAGAAAUGAUCUUUAUUUUCUUAGGAGUAGGGCAUCUAAAAUCAAGUUCAAAAUGGGCCAACUAAUUACUGUUGGCUACUUGUUCUCUUUUGCCAGUGGUGACCUAUCAUUUUGAAAAUCUUUUCUUGCUGUGAUUUUGUUCUACUAGAGACAGUACUUUCAAAUUUUUCAAAGGAGGAAAUAAAGUGAUAUUCUACUAUAGCAUUCACGGAAAAUGUAGACUGCUAUGAUUCAAGUUCCUUAGACCCAUUUUAGUAUUCGAUGUUACCACUGUAAGUAAGAAAGAGUAAUGUGGCUUUGUGACCUACUGGUGGAAGGAAAUGCAUGCACAUAAUUCUAAUUUGUCUGAAAGAUGACAAGAAUCCAUUCAUAAGUGUUCAUUAAAGCAUAUCCACUGAAUCAAAAUACACUAUAGAUACAGAGUAAUUAAUUCAAAAUGUACAAUUUGCAAAUACAUACAUUAAAAUAUCUAACGUUGAUUUGACUAAAUUUUAAAUUGGAUAGUUCUCAUUACAUCCAUAUUAAAACAUGUCAUUCAUUUUACAAAAGGUAGUCUUCUGUUAUCAUAGAUUAGUUGAAAUUUAACAGUUGUGUAAAUAAUAUUACAUCUCAUCCACAGUAUUGUAGACGCAGUUAGUUCUGAUGCUUUGAUUGUUCCAUUGCUUAAUGUUUCACACUGAUGUGUUUGUAACACAGUCUAGAUAUGAAUGUGUAAUUGUAGCUUUGCAUUUCGGACCUGAUGAAGUGAAGGUUUAAGGCAUAAAAGUGCUCUUUUUGUUGAGGCAGAGUAGUAUAUUUUUGUUAAAUCUGUUGUUAUUGUUGAUGAUGGAUGCAAGUGUAAAUAUUUAUAGUUUUGUUUAUACAGGCCAAAUCACCAUUGUCUGUGAUCUUAUUGUAAUGAUAAUGUACCAAACAUAUUCACUGUCAAGGCAUUUUGUGAAAAUCUGUAAUGAUCAUGUAUGUGUAUAUAUAUGCAUGUUUGUGUAUGUGUGUGUGUUGAAGAGGUUAGAAUGUGGAAGCAUGUAAUAUUUAUGAGGUACAUGAUACUGAGUUCAUUUGUUAUUUAUGAUUGAAUGUUAAAGUGUAUUAUAUAUAUUCCACAUGUUGCAUUCAGUGUCUUAAAAUUUAGUGACUCUGUAAUGGGGUUGAAAUCAGGAGGUUUUGACAGCUAUCAUGGUAAUUCUAAAUUUGAAAAUUUUGUAUGGAUUUUUUCCCAUAAAUGGAGUUUCAAACCAAUUUUUUCUGUGUGGGAAAAUAUAUAAUUAUUAUAUUAAAAAAAUUGAUGUGAAAAAUUCAUUCUUUUGUGACAAACAUUUGAAGUUGGAUUGUCAAAUUAAGUGGUUGUAUAUAUUAAGUUAAUGCAAUUUCCUACAGAUUUAAAAUCCACCCAUGUAAAUCCAUGCUUGUCUUAAUAAAGUAUAAUUUUGCAUAAUUGUUACACCCAUGCUCCAAAAGAGUAAUAUCCUGGUCUCUGCCUGUCUGUCAGCAAGUGGUAUUUCUCUUAGAAACUCUGUCAUGGCCAGGGUUUUCAUUUAAACAUUGAGAUUCAAAAUGAUUUAAUUUCACAUUUAAAAUGCAAUUUGAUUGGUUCAUUUGACUUUGUUAACAGUCUUUGUAUCAUAUAAACUGAUGCUGUUAAAUCCUGCCAUAUGAUGUCACAAUAUGUUUGGCUCCCCUGUUUCCAUUUUGUUGCUACAGAUGCUGCCAUACUGUUCUGCAUCAAUUUCAUUAGAAUUAUUCAUCUGAUAUCUUCUAAUUUUAUACAAUUUAAAGUAAGUUAGGACACUGCUCACUGUUUAUGAUGCAUUAUAACUGCCCUAACUUAUUUUUCAUCUAAAAUCAGAAGUAAUAUUUUUCAAAUUUCUUUUUUCCCAUGUGAUGAAUGUAAACAUAAUUAUAUAGAUUUUUCUCAGCAAUUUGAAAUCACAGCUAGUUGUAAUUUGGUACCAAGCUUCCUCUUGGUAAGCUGUACUGGAUGCUGUUACAGUAGUUUAUAAUCUCAUGUACUUGAAAGUGAUCAUGCAAAUGACUAAUAUUUUAUUGUAAUUAUUGCAGCCAUCAUAAGUGGUAUGGCAAUGUUCAUUACUUGUCAACAUGUCCAAAGUUUUUGGCUCCAUCACGUAAAUAUUGCACAUUGUAUGCAGUACACAAAGUGUCUCCAGUUUGAAUUCCGUAUUCAGUAGUAGCAAUUUGGCCCAAGGCACAUAAUUUAGAAAGUUUAUUGUUUUUGUGGGUUUUUUUUUUUUUUAUGGAUUGAGAUCAUGCAUCUCUUCUCUUUUGUAGGAUGGUGUAAAAUUCUGAACUACAAAUUGAGUUUGUUUCAUUUUAGCCAAUUAAGAUUUUUGAAUUAGCAGUAAAGGUUUAUUUUGACCACAGGGGUCUGGAACAGUUUUUAAAAACAUAUUGUAAACAAUACUAUAUUUAAAGAUAUAGUACAUGUAAUGUUUACAAUUUUUUUAAACGGUAGCAAGCCCUUAGUGUUUUGACUAGAUGUAUUCCAUCGGGAUUUACAAUUUAUUGAGCCGAUAUUCUCUAUAUUUUAUGUGUAGGAAAAACCACAUGGGCCUUGCUGUAGUGGAUGAUAGUGUAUUUGAUACACUAGUUCAGCAACUGACUCGUCAUAAAACUGAUGUAACCUCACUUUUUAUCUUGCUCUUGCCUCAUCAAUGUAUGUUCCUGUUAUAAAAGUGCAAGCUAGAUCAAAAGUGAGCCGAGCUCAGAUUUAUUGCCUGUAUCCAGAUUUCAGACUCUUGACCUUUGGUACCAAGGUACAUCUGAAAUUCUUGCAUGUUUAUCGACACCAUGUGAUAGAAAUACCUGCUUUCUGAUUACAUUUACUACUGCAAAUAUACUUUUAGGCAAUGUGAGUUGGGGUAUUUAUUACUAUUGGUUGCCUCACACUAAAUCCUGUUGAUUGGACUAUUUGGAGAAGUAUCUGCCACAACUGCAAUGUACCACGAUAUGUUUGCAAAUUAAUCCAAAAUAAAAGUGAUUAUUGAA